CAAAAAACCCCAUCAAAUCCUCUCCGCCAAAAAGAAAACCCAACAACAAACUCGCAUCCCCAAAACCUGGAUCCUCCCUACAGAAAAAUACCAAAAUUUAACCAACAUAAUGAAUGUAAUGAAUAUACCUCUUACAUGCGGAUUACUAGAUGAGAAAGAAUGCCGAAUAACUUCUGAUUACGAUGCUACUGCAAUUCUUGAGAAAUUGAAAGUAGGGGGUUGGUCUGUUGAGGAAGUUACGGUUGCGUUUUGUAAAAGGGCUGCUAUUGCGCAUCAGUUGGUUCGUUGAUUCGUUCGUUUAUGAAGAAAAAUUCUAUUCCUUUUCAAUUUUGAAUUUGGCGUGAGGAAGUAAAGAAGAAAUGCUAAUUUUGGAUUCCACAUUAAAUAUAAUAGACGAAUUGUUUAACCGAGAUAUUUUUCUACGAAGCAAUUGAACGAGCGAAGAAACUUGAUAUGGAAUUCAACACAAAGCCUGAUAAAAAACUCCUUCCUUCACUAUUCGGUCUACCAGUUUCCCUCAAAGAUAGUUUUCAAGUUAGGGGAUUCGAUACUUCGACUGGAUUGGGUUGUUAUGUGGAUGAACCUGCUGAAGAAAACAGCGCACUGGCUGCUAUGUUGAUUGAUUUAGGUGCGGUUCUUUACUGCAAAACUAACUUACCCCAGUCAAUCAUGAAUGGAGAUAGUGAUAAUAAUAUUUUCGGAAGAACUUUGAAUCCUCGGAAUAAAUUGCUUACCGCGGGUGGGAGUACUGGUGGUGAAGGUGCUCUUCUUGCGCUUCAUGGUAGCAUUCUCGGAGUUGGGACGGAUAUUGGUGGUAGUAUUCGUGUUCCGUCGGUGUGCAAUGGUAUUUAUGGAUUCAGACCUAGCGUAGGUUUGAUUCCUUAUAGUGGUGUGAGAGAUCUCAUUCCGCCAGGAACAGAUGGUGUUCGAUCAACAGUUGGACCUAUGGCCACCUCAAUUCGUGAUUGCUCUCUCUUUUUACAGUCGAUACUCCAAGCAGACACGUGGAAGUAUGAUAACAGUUCAAUCUCAAUUCCAUGGGUAGAUCUCAAACCCACACAAAAACUCCGGAUUGGUGUUGCUCAUGAUGACGGUGUAUAUACUCCAUCACCGCCGGUUAGACGUGGUUUAAAGCAGGUUGUUGAUCUUAUUGGUGGCAAUAAGGACAUACAGAUCAUGCAUAUCAAUCUGCCAGACGUCAAAUCAAUUUACCAAGACUUUAUCAGUUAUAUGACAUUAUCAGGAAGCGAUGUAAGUCCAUUCAAGCCCUUACUUACUAGGUUGACUGACCCAAAAGUACUAUUACGAACAAUUCAAGCGAACAGAGGAGCCACCAAUCCCAUCACUGACGGCAACUGGUCUUUUAACAGUGCCAGGAACCACAUUGCAGGGCUUAUUUGAUUUGAAUCACCGCCGAGCCGAAGCCGCGAAAACGUAUCUCAAACUAUUUCGUGAAAACGAUUUAGAUGUGAUUUUAAUGCCACCGGCCCCGCAUACAGCAGUGCCCUUGGACUGUUGGACGAAGGCAGCAUACACUAGUCUGUGGAAUUAUCUCGAUUACCCGGCUAUUGUGAUUCCUGUGGACCAAGUGCGGGACACAGACUUGGUUGAUGAUUUGAGUAACGCCAAAUUUGGUUCGGAUGAUGAGCAGCUUUAUAGUCUGUGUAAGUGCCACUUUCUCGCAAUAGAUUUAAUGUCGCUCAUACUAACAUAUGCUUCAAAGACACCGGCUUUGAAUACUACAAGGACGCACCAAUUUGUGUGCAGGUUGUAGGAUACAAACAUAAGGAUGAGGCUUUGAUGAAAGCGGCAGCCGUACUGGACUCCAUUAUAAACAAGGUUUAGAGCGGCGUAGCAUGUCAUACCUAGACGCUUGGCUAGCAAAUGACCAAUAGCUAGCCACGGCAUCAACUCCCAUAAGUUGUUGAUCCAUUCCUGAAGACCUUUGAUUCUUAGAAUAAUUACUUCAU